AUGAAUACAGAUUUAUUAGGACUCAUAAGUCAUGAAGAGCUGUCAUUGCCUGUGGUAGCUGAUCAUGACGGCCAGGCAGUAGGAAGUGAAGACCUACUUGUUGAACCUCCCAGUACAGGCAAUACCAGCAGGGAGACAAAGGAUAAUGAUAAUGUUGAAGCACAGAUUCAACAAUCAGGUGAAACGGUAACAGAAUGUCUUGCUGAAUCUGAUGAGGGGCAUGUUCUGAAAUCCAACACAAAUUUGAAUUCCACCAAAGAUACUGAUUUGAUAGAUAAGCCAUUGACUGAGGAUUACACCAAUGAAACAGAUGUAGACUUACAGUUUGUUUACAAUACCAAAGAUGAGUGUUAUGGAGAAAAGGUGUUACUGCUGCCAUUUGACGAAAACAAUACCUCUUCUACAGAUGAUAUUGAGCCAAACUACAUAGAAACCGAAGAAUCUGAUGAGCACAAGAAAACUAUUACUUUUGGUGCUGUAUCAAAUCCCAUCCAAGCUGAUGAAGGGAGUAACAAAGAAAGACUUUUGAGUCCUGCUUUGGAUCUGCCUCUCAAUGUUGAUGAUGUAAGUCAGGAUAGCUUAUAUAACAAAGAUGACAAAGAAGGAACUCAGCAAGAUCACCAUUUCAAAGAAAGUCUGAAUGAAAAUCUGACAGAGGGUAGCAUUGAUGAACCUUUGUUGAAAAAUAUUGUGGAUGAAAAUCUGCUUAAAGAAGUUGAAACUCAGUCUAAGGGAAGCACAGAUGAAAAUUUACCAAAAGAUUGUGGCGGUGAAAAUCUGUCUAAAAAUCUGUCUAAAGAAAGCUUGAAUGACACUCUGGUUGACCCAACCAUUGUUUCAUCAUUGUUGGUGUCAUUAGAAGAUUCUAAGGACAAAGCGGGCUGUGAAGAAUCCAAAUCUGAUAGCAUGAUCACAGGGCAUUUAAGCUAUAAUUUGAGUCAAGAAGACAUGGAGAAGAAGAAAAGCAGUACCACAUUGCUUGAUUUGGCAAGGGGAGACAGUUACCAGGUGGAAGAACCAGACAAUGAACAAACUAUUCUUAUUCCAUCAAUCAAAUUUAGAGAUCCACUUCCAAGUCACACUGGCUUACAUGUUUUAGAAUGUGCUGAAAUAGCUACAACGUCUGCAGUUAGUGCUACUGAAGUCAGUGGUGUUGAAGGAAUUUUGAACGAACAUUCUUCAGACGAUGAAACUGAGCCUAAAUCUGAAGAUGUUGAUGUAGAUGUGAUAGCACCAGAAUCAAUUUUAUUGCAGGACAACCACCAGAUUGACCAAGAAUCUGAUACAGAGGAUGGUCAUCAAGAUGUCACUCGUUAUGAGGAAAAGAAAAUUGAGGACAAAGAAGUGUUAGGCUAUGAUCAUCCUUUUGUGUCUGAUGUUGAUGUUGAGAGUGUGAACUACCCUGUGUCUUGUUUGGCAAAAGAAAAGAAGAAAAAACGGAAAGAUAAUAAUCUAAAAGAUAAUGAGGAUCACAUGAAGAGUUUGUUGGUCAGUCUUAACCUGAAACAUCUUAAAGCAUUCUUGCGAACCAGUCUGUGGUCACAUGAUCACCAAAUGCGUGGGUUACUAUGGCAACAGGCUUGUAAGUACCUCCACAAGGCUGACGGUAACUUUUACGAGGAGAUGGUGGACGAACUUUAUAACCAGCGAGGACACACAGGGGAGGUAACUCUGCCAUCCUUUGUAGACUUUGACAAUCUGCCAUCAUACCACCUGAACACUUCGGGUAUCGAGUCUGUACACAAAAUCCUGGCAGUCAUGCAUCACACCAAUCCUGACAUUACCUAUUGUCCCAUAUUAUUUGGUCUAGUCAGCGUCUUCCUACAUUACAUGACACCAUCAGAUGCCUACAACUGUGCCUAUGGGCUGUUACGAUCCAAAGAAACAUUCAUUAUGCAAACCAAAGUUUCAUUUGAAGCUACAAAGAUGGUUAUCAAAGAUCUUGCCAAAAAAUAUACCAAAUCUGCAUAUGUGAACCUUGUACGGAACAGCAACAGUAUUGAAGGUGUGUUUGACUCAUGGUACUGGUGGAUGUUUAAAGACCUUCCAUUUCCUUACCUUGUGUGUAUCAUAGACUGCUUCAUAUUGGAGGGUAUCAAAGUCUUCUACCGAGCUGCCCUGGCUAUCCUCAUCUUGUAUACCAGACAUACAGCCAAAAGGACCAGAAGUAGCAGUAAGCAUGGUCAUGCUGACGCAGCCAGUUCUAUCCGCCAGUUUUGUCGAGAAUUUCCAUUCCGUACAGACAAACUCUUGAGGACUGGGUUUGGUGUGCGAGGUCUGACCAGGAAACACAUCAAGAAGCUGCAGCUAAAGAAUGAGAUGUACAUCAACAGUCAUCACAUUCAUCCUUCAGCAUCUUCUCAGUCCAUGAAUGGACAUCGCAGAGCUAACAGUGGGCCAACCAACAUCCACAUCGAGGGCAGUAGUACAAUCUUCACGCAGGACAUGCUAUAUACUGUGUGGUCAUGGCUUCCUCCACGUUUUGCUGUGUGUCAACCAGAACUUCUGUAUACAUCGGAGGAGCAUGGGACAAGUCUGAUGACAUUGUAUACUCGAGUGGAAGACCACCAGCCAACUCUCAUCGUCAUCAAAACAACAAAUGAUGAGGUAUUUGGAGCCUUUUGUUCCACUUACUGGCGAGACAGAAAGCAUAGUACCAAGAAUCUGUCCUACUUUGGAACGGGAGAAACGUUUAUUUUCACAUUGAACCCAAAGACGCAAAAGUAUGCCUGGGUGGGACUCCAGCAGGAGGACAUUCCUAAUACUGCCAACAUGUUUCUAGCCGGUGAUAACUCCAUGCUGACUGUCGGAGGCGGAAAUGGUGAAGCUAUACAACUGGAUGCUAACCUGCACCACUGUCGCACUGAAAAGUGUGACACUUUCCUCAACGAACCAUUGUGUCCGGGACAAGACUUCACCUGUAAAGUGGUAGAGGUGUAUGGUUUUGUUUGAAAAAUUAUACAAAAAAAAAAUUCCUGUGAAUCAGUUGAGAGUUUAUGUUUUGUAAGAGAGGGAAGCAGAACAUAUCGUUGUGUAAGGUAUACACAGUUUAACAACUGUGUUGACAUUUGUAUCAG